AUGGUGCUGGGCACGCACAGGCCUGCACUGGGCACAACCGUUGCAAAGACCGGCGAGGGCUGGACGUGCGAGCUGGAGGGCCAGAAGAUCCGCCACAACUUCAAAGGCGCCUACCUGCAUGCAAUGGGGCAGCCAGCUGAUGGGAAGACGCUGCAGCUGUCAGAGGCGGUGGAGCUUGUUACCGCCCUGCCCCUGAAAGAGGCUGAUGAUGUUGGCACCAUCCGGAGCGGCCUGCAGAAGAAAGCGGCGGGCAAGUGGACGCUCAAGUAUGUCUGCUCCCAUGCAUCCAAGUGCAGCUGCCCGUACACGCUGGAGUUGCGGCAUCCGGCUGGCAGCGAGGUGGUGAGCGUGUGGCAAACAGCGCCCCACCAGUUCCAUGACCCCACCAGCGCCGACAGCCAGGCCCAGCUCCGCAUGCACCCCCGCCUGGAGGCGAUGGCCACCGUGAUGAUCGAGAGUGGCGCCAAGCCCACGUCCAUCUGCACACGGCUGAACAACAUGGUGCAUGAUCCGGCCGACCCGCUGGGCCUCGGGGGCGGGACUACUGGGCUGCAGCACUUCAGCAGCGCCCGUGUUAGCAUCAUCCCGCGGCAGAUCUAUGUGCUGAUAAAGAAGCUGUGGCGUGCUGAAGGCUUGGGCCUCACCAGCGAUGGGCAGGCGAUGGCGGCUCUGAUUGAUGAGCUGAGAAGGGAGGGCUCUGUGCUGUCCUACCAGCCCUACAAACAGGCUGGCAGGCGCAGCGGGGAGCAGCCGCUGGUGAUUGUGAUGCAAGCGUCCUUCCAGGCGCGCAUGCUGGACCAGUUUGGGCGGCGGCUGGUGCAAGAUGAGAGCGGGCGCGGGGUGCCGGUCAGCUUCAUGGUGUGCAGCUCGGAUACGGUGGAGGUGGUGGAGCACUUCCUGCGCACAUCGAUGGAAGGGCUGGCGUCCACCGGGCAUGCCGAAGGAUACCUGCUCUGCUACUUCCACUUCCUGCAAGAUUGGGAACGCUUCCUCAGCAGCGGCGACGCGGGUGUUCCUAAGGCUGAGCGGCACCGCAUCAUGCUGGCGCUGGCUCGCCUAGCCCACAUGCAAGACCAAGCCCCGUUCCAACAAGAGCUGGCCUGCUUCAUCUUGAGCAACAGCCAGCAGCACCCCCCGGUGGCGCAGCGCAUGCAGAACAGCUGGGUGCCGUGCGCCGAGAAGUGGGCAUGGUGUGGGCGGCUGGACGUGCUGGACCUGCAGUGCAACACAAGCAACCUCGGGGAGCGCAACUUUGGCCUCAUUAAGUACACCGACCUGGAGCGCAGGGCGCAGCUGACGCUACACGAGCUGCUGCUACAGCUGCUCACCAAGACAGUGCCCCGCAACAUCCAGAACCGCGCCCACAUGCUGGUGGGGCGGGUGACCAGCGACCAGCAGCAGCGCGAGCAAAGGGCAGCACUGUGGGUGCAAAAGCUGGUUGAACGCGGUGCGGUGGUGCCAGCAGCGGAUAGCAGCACCCCAGAGCUCACCCUGAUGCAGCAAGGAGAGGAUGCGCCACCCGUGCACUCGUGUGUGGGCGAUCUCAGCUGCUCCUGCGGCUACAGUGCGGAGCAUGUGUGCGUCCACGUGCGGGCAGCCGCUAAGGUCGUCGGCUACACACACAAGCUGCGGCUGGAGACGGCAGCGCACCUGGUGGAGGCUGGGCUGAUUCAGGUGGUCGAGGUGACAGGCAGCUGCACCACCUCCACGCUGGCCGACAUCACCAAGGCGGUGCACUGCAGGCCGCACGAGGGUGCCUGCACCUGCCACGGCCAAGACCAGCACGGCAUCUGCUGCCACUUGCUGGCUGCCGAGAAGCUGCCAUUCUUUGUGGGAGCAGAGCUGCCGAUGGUGGUGCAGCUGGCAACGCCAGAAGCCGCAUCUGAGCGCAUUUUGAUUAAGGGGCGCGUCUUCCAGCAGCCCACCAGCGAGCCGUUGGGCGAUGACUGGGGGCAGGACCUGCGCAUGCUUACCCGCGUGCGGCAGACCAGUGCCACAGCCAUCAAACAAGUGGUUACCAAUGCCGCCGACACCACAGCAGCAACACGCGCCGACCUGAACUACGUCGGCCGCACAGUGGCAGAUCUGGCGGAGGGGGAGGAGAAGCAGGCUCUGUGCAAAGCCGUGAAAGACCUGCAGAGCAAGGCGGAGGAGAUGCGCCAGGCGGCACGCUUGGAGCCCACCAAGACGGCGGCAGCAGAGCGCAGCGACCCCUUGCCCACCCUGCGCCAGAAGGACAAGUCGGCAAGGAAGAAGAAGCGCCGCACAGAGGCAGCAGUGGGGGCGGCGGUGUAG